UUUCUAUUAUAAAUACACAAUGUCUUCCCUUGCCUUCUCUUAUAUCUUUCAUCUCUAGUGCAAGUUAAAAGCUUCCAAACAAAAAAAUAAAAACUGUUUAAAAACAAGUUCUUCUCACCAAAGCAUGGCUUCUAGUAGUGGAAACAUAAAAUUUGGAAAAACUUACUUUGUUCGGCCCACAGGAGUUCAUAAAGCCACAAUAAUCUGGCUACAUGAUGUCGAAUCCACAGGCUACUACUCACAUACGGCUCUGGGACGUUUGAAGCAUCCCAAUAUAAAAUGGAUUUGCCCGACUGCUCCUAAGCGUCCCGUUACCUCCUUGGGUGGGGAGGUAACCACUGCAUGGUGCGACAUGACAAAAGCUUCUGAGAACAUGCUAGAUGAUUAUGAAAAUUUAAAUUAUGUAAAUGAAUAUAUUACCAGAAUUUUCUCUUCUGAACCACAAAAUGUUAUGAAAGGAUUAGGAGGAGUUGGAUUGGGUGCAGCACAAGCUCUCUAUUAUACGAGUUGUUAUGCUUUUGGAUGGGUUCCUAUAAGCCCACAAAUUGUUAUAGGGAUCAAUGGUUGGCUUCCUGGCUGGAGGAGCUUAGAAUACAAUAUGUGUAAUACUAAUUUUGGGACAGCAAAUCGUGCUGCAACAUCACGAAUCUUACUUAUGCAUGGAACUUCUGAUGAUGUUAUUCCCUCUGCAUUUGGAUACAAAUGUGCUGACUCCCUUCGAAUGUCUGGAUUUCCAACCUUGUUCAAACAAUGCGGAGGGGAUCAUGUAAUGAAUGAGAUCCGUAUUUGGCUCGGAAACCUUGGGCUUUGAAGAUAUGGUGAAACUCUACAUAAAGAAAAUAAUUGGAGAGCAAAACUAUCGUACUAUAUUAUAAAGUGUUUUAUUUUAGCUUUCAUUUUUAUGUCAUUGUUAGUGGAUAGU